AGGACAAUGGGAGACUCAUCACAAUGGACCACGGCGGGCUGGGGUACGCUGGCAUCGACGGCACGGACUUGAUCCUGUUUUCAGGGGAGACCGGCGCCGGAGGAGAAACCGUGGGAUGGGCACAACACAGGGUGAUCGACCUCAACUCGCUGCUCCCUGACGGUGCCCUCUCGGAUCCAGAAUUCGCUGGUGGUAGGCUGCUCAACCCACGUGUGAAUGGCUUUGCGGAGGGCACCCAAGUGAUUUUCAUCGGCACUAGUGUUUGUGUCUACAUGGUCGAGCUCGACUCUGGGCGAGUGACAAAGGUGCUUGAUCACGAUGCGGAUGUGGUUCCCUACAUGAGCUUCUGCAUUCCAGUCUUUUCAGCCAUGGAAGCAGCUUCUUCAAGCCGGCGAAAAUUGAGUUGGUAUUUCAAGUGUAUGCCAAACUCUAGACGCUGAAGGGCUUCUGGACCAACAACGGAGGUGGUGAUAGUAGUGUGAGAUCGAUAUGGCACAGAUGUGGCUUGAAUCUGUGAGUUUACUGCUCAUAUUAGUCUUGAUUUUUAUGAAACUUUGCUUACCAGGUUGUAUUAUUUGUGAGCUUGCUCGCUGGUGUCAGUUCUA